GAAGAAGAUAAUUUUAGUGCUCUUCGGUCAUUUUUUAUUUCAGAUUUGUCAACGGAGGCAUAUAAUUUCAUCAUUAACAUCUAGUUUGCCCUUACUGAUCACCCCCGUUCACGUUUAAAAAUCUGCAAUGGCUGUUUCUGUGUCUGAUGCAGAAGUCGAUGCGAAAAUUAAUGAAUGGCUUAGAUUUGACAAGAAUGAACAAACCAGAGGAGAAAUCCUCAGACUGGUGGAGGCAAAAAAUGUCAAUGAAUUACGAAGCAGAUUGUGCAAUAGAAUGGCAUUUGGCACAGCAGGCUUACGGGCUAGAAUGGGUGCUGGAUAUUCUAUGAUGAAUGACUUAACCAUUAUACAGACUGCACAGGGUCUUGCCAAAUAUUUGCUAAAGACAUGUGAAGGGGUGAAGAAAAAAGGCAUUGUGAUUGGUUACGAUGCAAGGCACAAUAGUCAGAAGUGGGGUCAGAUUUCUGCUGGUGUGAUGUUGAAUGAAGGCAUUCCUGUUUACCUAUUCUCUAGCAUUACCCCAACCCCAUUUGUGCCAUACAGUGUUGUCAAAUAUGGAUGUUCCUGUGGUGUCAUGGUUACGGCAUCCCACAAUCCCAAAGAAGACAAUGGGUACAAAGUCUACUGGGAAAAUGGUGCUCAGAUCAUCCCACCUCAUGAUAAAGGAAUAUCGACAAGUAUUAUUGAGAAUCUUACACCACUAGAUGCAUCUUGGGUAAUUGAUUCAGUUCUGACAAACCCACUUUUGAAAGACCCCUUAGCAGAGACAUCAGCUGCAUAUUUUGAAGAUGUCAAAUCAUUAUGCCACCAUAGAGAUCUGAACAUGAAGACAUCACUAAAGUUUACAUACACUGCCAUGCAUGGCGUGGGAUACAGCUUUGCACAAGAAUCUUUUAAAUCAUUUGGAUUUCAACCACUCAUACCAGUUGAACUACAGGUGGUGCCAGAUCCCGAGUUUCCAACAGUAAAAUUUCCUAAUCCUGAAGAGGGAAAGAGUGCAUUGGAUCUUAGCAUAAAGACAGCCAAUGAGAAUGACAGUACAGUGAUUCUGGCAAAUGAUCCAGAUGCUGACAGGUUGGCAGUUGCUGAAAAACUACCAAGUGGAGACUGGCAUGUGUUUACUGGGAAUGAAGUAGGGGCUCUACUAGGCUGGUGGAGUUGGCAUUCAUUUCAAUUGAAACAUCCUGAAAUCCCAGGAAGUGAAGUGUAUAUGCUAGCAAGUACAGUUUCAUCAAAAAUACUUAAAACCAUUGCAACAAGCGAGAGAUUUAAUUUUGAGGAGACUCUCACAGGAUUCAAAUGGAUGGGAAAUAAGGCAGUUGAUCUGAUGAAAGAAGGGAAAAAAGUUCUGUUUGCAUUUGAGGAGGCUAUUGGCUUUAUGUGUGGUACAGAGGUUCUUGAUAAAGAUGGAGUUAGUGCAUUGUCCGUCAUAGCAGAGCUUGCAGUUUGGCUUGUAGAGAAAAACAGCACUCUGAAACAGCAACUUGAUUCUAUUUAUCAAACGUAUGGUCUUCACAUUUCCAACAAUUCUUAUUUCAUCUGUCACCACCAACCAACUAUAGAUGGCAUGUUCAACAGACUGCGGAACUUUGAAGGCACUAACACAUACCCCAAAUCAUGUGGCCCAUUCAGUAUUAAAUAUGUAAGGGACUUAACCACAGGCUUCGACAAUGAGAGACCAGGAAAUCAAGCAGUUCUUCCCACAAGCAAGUCUAGCCAAAUGAUAACAUUUACUUUUGACAAUGGUUGCAUAGCAACAAUGCGAACAAGUGGCACUGAACCAAAGAUAAAGUAUUACACAGAGAUAUGUGGGAAAACUGGUGCUAGCCGAGAGGAUGUUACAUCAGAAUUGAACUCAUUGGUUGAUAAUUUGAUUGAACACUUCAUGCAACCAAAUGUCAAUAAAUUGAUUGCAAGGAGUGGCUAAAUUAUCAUGAAAAUAAUGAACGAAUUGAAUCUGUACACCCCCCUCCAUAAGUU